CAUCCAACCUCUCCUCCCGUGGAUAGCAAACCACCCGCAAGAACGCAAGAAGCAGAACAGACGGAAGCCUCUCGAACCGUCCAAAUUCCGUCGAAUCCUUCACCCUGCCCUAAUUCCCUCGCCGAAAUCGCGUGAUCCACCUUGCGAUCUCUUGAUUCCCAACAAUGGCCGACAGGGAGAAGGCGGAGGCGGAGGAGUACGAGAGCGACCUCGACGAUGAGCCCCUGCCCGCCCUGCGGCGGCGUGAUGCGGCGAGCGAUGACGAGGGGGAGGAGGACGACGAGGACGGGGGAACGCCCUUGAGGCGGAGGAAGGCCGGAUCCGACGCGGAUUCCGACGGGCAGGGCGCCCCCGAGGUGUACGAUGUUGGCGCCUACGACGAUGGCGAGGAGGAGUACGAGGAAUACGAGGAGGAGAUGUACGAGGAGUUCGAGGAAGGGGGUGGGGGAGGGCGGAGGGUGGCUUCCGAGGCGGUGGCCGCAGCGGGGCAGGAGGAGGGCGAGGCGGGGGGCGGGGAAGUUGGAAAGGUGGAUGAGGCAGCGCCAGGGGAGGAGGAGAAGAAGGGGAACGAGCCCUACGCCGUGCCGACGAGCGGCGCCUUCUACAUGCACGAUGACCGCUUCCAGGAGGGCCGUGGCCGUGGACGUGGACGUCAAAGGAGGAUAGUGAACAGUAGAAAGUUGUGGAGUCCUAAGGACGAUCAAGCCUGGGUCCAUGACAGAUUUGAUGAGAUGGAUUUGCAUGAUUUUCAUGGUGAAAAUCCAAAAAGAAACCAGGGAGGUCGCUUUAGAGGACGUGGUGGUGGACCUGGUGGUAGAACUCGUGAUAUUAGCCGUGGUAAUUUCAGAGGCAACAGAACUCGAACGUACUAUCAUGAUAGUAGCAAGAACUACAGCUAUGUUCCAAAGGACUCUCAUUCUUACCAUGAGAACACCAAGAAUGCUCGAUAUGCUUUGUACGAUAAUGGGAAGAACAGAGUUUCAAAACCAUCUCGUGCUCCCUAUGAUAAUGGCAGAAAUAAUGACAUUGUUCCCAAAGAAUCUCGCGCUUACUAUGGUGAUGGUAAAAGUCAAAAGAAUGCACCAAGAGUAGCUCGAGGAAGAGGCUCCAAGCGUUAUCAACCACGUUUGAGAAGUACAACUGAUACAUCUUCAAUGCAAAAUAAUAAAUCUCAGAGUCUUGAAGACACUUCAUCAAAUACCAACUUGGGACAAAACCAAGCCCAAACAUCAAAUUCUCGACCAGAACAAGCUCAUCCAAUUAAGCAAACCAUUGCCUCAAACUUGAAUUCGGCUUCACCACCAUUUUACCCUUCGCGGUCAUCCAGUCAAGAAUUCUCAGUUAGUCAAGGAAGCAAUGCACAACUUAGUAGUACCUUAUUGAGAGGGAAGGCCUUUGUUCCAUCAGUUGGGCAUGUUGAAGCUGCUAUGAAGGGAAUGAAUAGACCCGCAUUGCAUCCGGUUGCAUUGUCAUCAAAUGGUCCAUUUCCUAUAGACACUAAUCAAGCCAACAGAGAUUAUGUUCAGCCUGCACGUCCAGUUCAACAAAAUCCGGUUCAAUCACCUACACAGUCAGCGCCCAGGAUGCCUGCCCAGAUGUUUGCUGCAAGAUUCAGCAAUAGCAAUAAAAUUUCACCUGUACAACCUACAUCAACAGUUUUGAGUGAUGACACGGAAAUUUCUUCACCCAGCGGAUCAAACAAAUUUGAUUCUCGAUUAACAGUUAAGGGGCAGCCUGGUGACCAAGGAGAAGAGCGUACUUCUUUUCUCUAUGGUGGAGCUCAUGUUCUUGGCACUACAGGGGCAAUGGGCCUUACGCUUGGUGAUCAAAAUUUCCAUGGUACCCCAGCACUGCUGCCAGUUAUGCAGUUUGGAGGUCAGCGUCCAGUUGGGCCUGGUGUUCCUUCAAUUGGUAUGGCUCUGCCAGGAUUUGUGUCUCAACAACAACUUGGUCUCAGCAAUUCUCAGAUGACUUGGCUACCAAUAUUGACCGGUGCCUCCGGAGCCCUAGGAGCACCUUAUGGUUCACCUUAUAUAGCUGUGGAUGGAAACUAUUACCCCCGAACAUCUGAACAAGCAUCUUCAUCAGUUUCUAUCAGAGAUCCUAGUGCAAGUAACGCCUCUUCUCUGUUGAAGUCUCAAGAUAUAACAGAGGUUGCAGGUGAUGAACCCAGUCAACGCCAAAAUAAACCUCGUCGAUAUUCGGAGAUGAACUUUGGCCAAUGAACAUAGUGAUGGUGGUAAUUAAUGAGAGGACUCUGUCUGCUCUGGGUCUAAGACCUGUGCAAGAUUCAGGCCUUCCUGAGUCCUUGCAAUAUUUCACUGUCUGAUGUCUAGCACUUUGGGCUAUCUUGUAUCCCAAAAUGCCAGGUAAAUCUGCUUCUAUUGCACAGCCUCAGAUCCUGUAAUGAUUUGACUUCUGAAAAUUUCUGCUGUAUAUCUUUCUGUUCACAGUUAAAUCUCAGUGAAGUAGUGAAGCACCUGGUCUGAGAUAAUAUUUUUGUUAGUUUAGAUAUUAGACUCAAGGAGCUUAUGAUCUGCUUUCAGUGUUUAUCCACGCUGUUGUUACAGAUUCUGACGAAGUCGACACACAUGUGUAGGCUUGACAGCUGAAGGUCUCCAAACCCUCACUAUGGUCAUUUGCUGUGACUAUUCUUAUGGACUGGGGUUGUUACAUUAUUAGGUGACAUUGUACAUGGCACUACAUCACAUUGUCAAGUGUUCGUCACAUUUGUUGUAAGUGUGAUGGUCAUGCUGGAAAUCAUGAGAGGUCUCUGUUCUGUAAAGCUCGUGUCUCUUGGUACUUGGGUUUGUGCAUGCUCGUGCCUGCCUUCUUGGUUCAUAGGAAUAGGACUCGACCGACUUGCAUCCAUUGUGUCUAUGACUCUAUGUACCUGUAAACUUGUUAUCCGACCCACUGGGUUCAAUAUUUUCUACGACAAUAUUGCGUUUUAGACUUUUAGUAGCUAAUAACAUAGUGGCAUGAUUAAUGGUGCUUGAACGUUCUGUUGGGAUGCCUGCAACUUUAGGCACUUGGCAUUCUGGAGAUUUGUCGCUCGUUUUUUUUUUUGGAUAAUGACACUUUUGGAACAUGCUCCCCUUGUUUUUUUUC